CCACCGUGUCCGGCCUGUAAAAUCUCUUAAAAGUGUGGUACACGGAGUGCAGUACUCCACCUGUGGCCUAACUGAUAUGCAGUACGAUAUUAUCACUAAAUUGCUACAGACGGUGUGCUUUUCCUUGUUGUCACAGGAAUGUAUUUGGUUAGUUAUAUUUGUUAACGUCUCAUCUGACUUUCCAGUCUUCCUUCACUUUGUGCAGUCAUAUUUGCCGAGUCAAGUAAGUUAUAAUAUUUAGGACACAAUGCCUGACUUACUAUAAUUAUCUUAUUAGCUAUGAUCAUUACAAAACAGAAUUACCACUUAGCUCUCAGGUCCUACCUCCUUCAGCCUCAGAAACGUUAAGGCUACCUAGCAUUGCAUUGGCUUUUUAGUAUCGCCCCUAAUAAGCCCCGCCCCUGGGACCUCGGCAGCUGGAGCCCAGCGUCCGCCCCACCCACGCCGAGCCCGAGGCGGGGCUCUGGAUGUAGCCGCUGAUUGGCUGGCUCGGGCGCAGCUUGAUGGCUUCAGCCUGGAGAGCCGCCGUCCCGGCUGCGGCACCUGGGAGAAGGCAGCCUGUAGAGUCCGGUGGCCCCAGCGUGCCGUGGCCUCGGGGAGUGGGAAGUGGAGGCAGGAGCCCUCCUUACCCUUCGCCAUGAGUUUCCUGAUCGACUCCAGCAUCACGAUUACCUCCCAGAUACUGUUCUUUGGAUUUGGGUGGCUUUUCUUCAUGCGCCAAUUGUUUAAGGACUAUGAGGUAACGUCGGUAUGUUGUACAGGUGAUCUUCUCUGAUAUUUGCAUUUUCUUGCACCAUGUUUGAGCUCAUCAUCUUUGAAAUCUUAGGAGUAUUGAAUAGCAGGAUCUUAGUGCAACAUUGCUGUGCAAACUUGGACCAGGGCAGAGUGAGAUAGCAGAGGAGCUGUGCCAGCGUCUACAGCGAAAGGAAAGGAUGCUGCAGGACCUUCUAAGUGAUCGAAACAAACAAGUGGUGGAACAUGAAAUGGAGAUUCAAGGCCUGCUUCAGUCUAUGAGCACCAGGGAGCAGGAAAGCCAAAGAGAAGAUGGUGCAAGCCUUAAUGAAAAGAAAUUCAGAAUUACAGGCCCUGCGCCAAUAUUUAGGAGGGACAGACUCCCUGAUGUCCCAAGUACCUAACUCUAACCAACAAGCUGAAGUUACCACAUUGGCCCCUGCUCUUGGAGAAAAGACUGAUCAAGGUUCAAUGCAGAUACCUUCCAGAGAUGGUAGCACUUCAUUGACUGCCAAAGAGGAUGCCAGCAUACCCAGAUCCACAUUAGGAGACUUGGACACAGUUGCAGGGCUGGAAAAAGAACUGAGUAAUGCCAAAGUGGAACUUGAACUCAUGGCUAAAAAAGAAAGAAAAAGUCAAGGGAGUUUUCUAUUGCUGCUGAUGCUAGAAGGACUAGUGGAUGAACGGAGUCGGCUCAAUGAGGCCUUACAAGCAGAGAGACAGCUGUAUAGCAGUCUGGUGAAGUUCCAUGCCCAUCCAGAGAGCUCUGAGAGAGACCGAACUCUGCAGGUGGAACUGGAAGGGGCUCAGGUGUUACGCAGUCGGCUAGAAGAAGUUCUUGGACGAAGCUUGGAGCGCUUAAACAGGCUGGAGACCCUGGCCGCCAUUGGAGGUGGGGAACUGGAAAGUGUCCAGGCUCAGGAAAACCUGCAUUGGAACGCCUUCAUUCACCAAGCAUUGGAAAGUAAGAGAAAAGCCCAAAUCCAAUUGAAAGAAAGAAAGAAAGAAAUCAUGGAAGAGGGAUUUACAAAAAUUUCCCAUAUACCCCCUCACACCAUGCUGAGCCUUUGCCUUGAGAAUGCAGAGCUGAAAGAGCAGAAGGAAGAAGCAAUGUCUGAUGGAUGGGAGAUCAAGGAAGACAAGGAGAAGGGCGAGGUGAUGGUUGAGACUGUGAUAACCAAAGAGGGUCUGAGUGAGAGUAGCCUUCAGGCUGAGUUCAGAAAGCUCCAAGGAAAACUGAAGAAUGCCCACAAUAUCAUCAACCUCCUCAAAGAACAACUUGUGCUGAGUAGCAAAGAAGGGAAUAGUAAACUUACUCCAGAGCUCCUUGUGCAUCUGACCAGCACCAUCAACAGAAUAAACACAGAACUGGUUGGUUCUCCUGGGAAACACCAACACCAAGAGGAGGGGAAUGUGAAUGUGAAGCCUUGCCCCAGACCCCAGAGACUUGACCUUGGGGCUACCUUCACAGUGGAUGCCCACCAAUUGGAUAACCAGUCCCAGCCUCGUGACCCUGGGCCUCAGUCAGCGUUUAGCCUACUAGGGUCCACCCAGCACCUGCACUCCCAGCUGUCACAAUGCAAACAACGCUAUCAAGAUCUCCAGGAGAAGCUGCUGCUAUCAGAAGCCACUGUCUUUGCUCAGGCUAAUGAGCUGGAGAAAUACAGAGUUAUACUUAGUGAGUCCUUGGUGAAGCAGUUCAGCAAGCAGGUCCAGGUGGACCUCCUGGACCUAGGCUAUGGGACUUGUGGCCGAAGCAAGAAUGAGGCUGAACAGGAGGAAACCACCAUUCCCAAGUGUGAGGAGCACAACAGCCUCAAGGAGAUGGUCCUGAUGGAGGGGCUGUGCUCUGAGCAGGGGCGCCGGGGCUCAACGCUGGCUGGUUCCUCCAAGAGGAAGCCCUUGGAGAACCAGCUAGGGAAGCAGGAAGAGUUCUGGGUAUAUGGAAAGUCAGAAAACAUCUCACUCCUAGGAAAGGACAUCAAAGAUCUGAAGGCCCAGCUGCAGAAUGCCAACAAGGUCAUUCAAAACCUCAAGAGCCGGGUCCGGUCCCUCCUCUCGGUUACAAGUGAUUAUUCGUCUAGUCUGGAGAAACCCCGGAAGCUGAGAGCUGUUGGCACCCUGGAGGGGUCUUCACCUCACAGUGUCCCUGAUGAGGAUGAAGGGUGGCUGUCUGAUGGCACUGGGGCUUUCUACUCGCCAGGGCUUCACGCCAAAAAGGACCUGGAGAGUCUCAUCCAGAGAGUAUCCCAGCUGGAGGCCCAGCUCCCAAUAAAUGGACUAGAAGGGAAGCUGGCUGAGGAGCUGAGAUCAGCCUCAUGGCCUGGGAUAUAUGAUCCCUUAAUUCAGGCUCAGGCUGAAGAACUGACCCACUUACUACAGAAGAUACAGGAAGGGAGAGGUGUCUGCUACCUUUUCACCCAGCAUGUGAAGAACACAGUCAAGUCUUUUGAGGGCCUUCUCAGGAACACUGGCAUUGCCUACUACCAGAGACAGAGAUUCUGUGAGCAAAUGGUACAAGGAAGCCAGCUGACAGAGGUUCUUGUCAGAAAACUUGCCACAGGUAAGUUGGCUACAGGCUCUGAAGACCCUUAGCUCCUCCCAAGUGCCCCAAAGUGGGGAGAAAAAAUGCAGAGUUAUCUCCAUUGUAAAUUUUAUCUUAGUUUUGACUAUGGUCGUUAAUCUGCAUUCUACUGUUUUCUCUUUAGAGCACUCAGGUAAUCACUUUUCAUAUUCUUUCAGGAGUUCUGAGUUUUGUUUUUUAUUUUGAGACAGAGUCUUGCUCUCUUACCCAAGCUGGAGUGCAGUGACACGAUCUUGGCUGACUGUGAUCUGUGCCUCCGGGGCUCAAGCUCCCACCUCAGCCUCCCAAGCAGCUGGUACUACAGGUGUGUGCCACCACGCCUGGCUGACUUUUGUAUUUUUUGUAGAGACAGGGUUUCUCCAUGUUGCCCAGGCUGGUGUUGAACUACUGAUCUCAAGUGAUCCACCUGCUUUGGCCUCCCAAAGUGCUGAGAUUACAGGUGUGAGCCACUGUGCCUGGCCUGAGAGUUCUUAGUUUCAAUCAGUAAGAGAGAUAGAGUAUAGUGGAUUACUUCAUCUUGAUGAGCAUAAGAACUCACCUUCAUUUUGGAAGAUAUUUUCACUGGGUGUAGGAUUCUAGUUGACAGUUUUUGUUUUUAAAGUGUUUGAAAAGUGAUAUUACACUGUCUUCUGGAUUACAUUGUUUCCAACAAGAAGUCUGCCAUAAUUCUUAUUUUUGUUCCUCUGUACAUAA